AUGCAUUGGACAUUGAGGUGGAUAUAUUGUACCUAUCGAAGUGGAGGCAGGCAGUUGUUCGACAAGUUAAUCGAAAAAGCAACUAGUGAGAUGUUAAUCGAAUCGGAUAUUGAGGCUACAAUAACGAUUUGUGAUAUUAUUCGCAGUCAAGAGAUUUCACCGAAAUACGCUGUUCAAUGUGUUAAAAAACGUCUUCAGUGUGACAAUCCUAAUGUUGUUCUACACACACUUGAUGUCCUCGAGUCAUUGAUGAAAAAUUGUGGCUCACCUGUCCAUGAAGAAGUUUGUAGCUCUGAGUUCAUGCAGGACCUUGUUGGGUUGAUCGAUACCUCUCCAGAUGUCCGCGCAAAGCUCCUCGAAUGUCUCCAAAACUGGGCAUAUGUUUUUCGCGAUCAGUCCGGUUACUCGGCUGUAACAACUGCCUACGAAAAUUUGAAAAAUGCCGGAUAUACAUUCCCGGAAUUUUCAGAAAGCGCAGCUAUGUUUAGUGUUGUUUGUGCUCCAAGCUGGAAAGAAGGAAAUGCUUGUCACCGAUGCAAGUCUGCGUUUACCACAUUUAGACGCAAGCAUCAUUGCCGUAAUUGUGGGCAAGUAUUUUGUGGAGAGUGCACCACAUCCCGUGCUAUCUUACCCAAAUAUGGUAUCGAAAAAGAAGUGCGAGUUUGCGAUUUGUGUUUUGAGACAAUUAACAGACCGUCAACAGCUUCAAAUAAUUUAGAAGAUAAAAAGAACAUGGAAAAAGAGAAUCAGCUUCGACGCGAAAGGGAACUGAAAGAACGACAACUCGAACAACAGGAAAAUGAAGAUUUGGAAUUAGCUCUAGCUUUAAGUGCCAGUGAAGCUGAGACAAACCAACGAAAUAAUCAAGUAAAACCUGUCUCUAAUGUCAAUAAACCUCCUACAUCAUCGUCAUCAUCGACGUCUGGAGUUGCUCAUCUCCUUCCGGUUCUAGAUACAAGUGAAAUGGAUCCUGAACUUGCACAAUACCUGUCUAAACAUUAUCAGAGAACGCAUAAAACUCCUCUUGAAAUGAAUUCACCUGGUAUGCCAUUUCAGGAAUAUUCUCAGGAUCCUUCUGGCCUUUCACAGUCUACUGCUCAACCGAGUGCACCUAUAUACGCUUCUAGUACACCAUCUGAGCAUGGUAUGCUUUCACUGACCUCACUUAAAUCGGGUUUAAAUAAUGAUUUGAACGCAUCAGAAAAAAGAGCAUCGCUUGUAACAAAUUCAGUUAAUGGAAAUAGUGAUGUAAACUCCACUAUGCCAGAAGUUCCUGAAUUAACAAAUCCAAAGCAAGAAGAGUUUCUUGAAGCUUUACGCGGUAGUAUAGAAUUCUUUGUGAAUCGCUUGCAAAGCAAUAAUCAAAGAGGACGGAAUAUUUCAAGUGAUACAACAGUCCAAGCUUUAUUUCUUACUCUGAAUGAUAUGCACCCACAACUAUUGAAGUAUAAACAUUUCAUGGAGGAACGGCGAGCCUAUUUUGAGAAGCUGCAAGAUAAAUUGAAUCAAAUUCGAGAAGCUCGUGAGGCUUUAGAUGCACUGCGUCAUGAUCAUGCUAUUCGCAAACAGAUGGAAGAGCAAGAAGCAGCUCGUUUGCGUCAACUACAAAUUAUGCAGAAAUUAGAAGCUAUGCGUCAGCAGAAAAGAGAUUCUCUGGAAUACAAACUGCGUAUGACACUUAAACAAAAUAUGCAAUAUCAACAAGAGUUUGGAGUGUCACAACCACAGCCUAUGUCGUAUAAUGUUGAAACAUUUCCUCAUGUGCCGAAUGCCUUGCCUGCAGACAGCUACCCUUCUAAUUAUAACUUACCUUAUACGUCUGGACUUAAUUACUCACAGUUUCAACCUGUGCAAAAUGGUUAUCUGCCAAGAGACAACAGAGUAUAUACUACGCAACUACCAGAACCAGUUUCACUUCCGCCUAACCAAAAUGUCACUAGUGGGUCAGCUAAUACAGCUUACCCAACUGCGCACUUCCAUCCCUCUUAUGUUCCCAAUCUACCCGGGCAAGAUAUUCAGUCACAUCCGACAUUCCAACAGGGAACACAUAAUCCAGUGCCUGCCAAUUCUUUCUCCAUGCAAAAUAUGCAGACAGCCUUGCCAAUGUAUUCAGGACAAGAGGAUACUGCUCGUGAGGAAUUAAAGUCUUUUCCCACUAAUCAAACAUAUACGUCCAGCCAAUAUCCGACAGAAACACAGAAUACUUCCAGUUAUGCUCCAGGUGGGACUGUACCAAGGGAUACUCCAAGCAACUUUGUCGAACCAGCCACUACAGAAGCUCAAUUGAUAUCCUUCGACUAA